AUGAUCGUGAUGGCUUUGCAAGGGGGGAGUAAUCCGUUGGAUUCAAUUUUUCACUCUGUUCAUGUCGUGGUUAGCUAUCCACUUGAGUCGAAUUUCAGGAAAUUUGCCAUGGAUUUCAAGAAUUGCUUUGAUGGGGUCUUGAAAAAUAGUGAUUUUGAGCAGUUGAAUGUGAAGAAUAAGAAAACGAUGAGUGGUCAAGAUUCAGUCUUUUAUGGCGAAGAUGGCGAAAACGGGAGCUUUCGGGUCAGUGCAGUUCUUGGAAAUUAUACUGAAAAAUGUGGAAACAACGAGCAUGAUAAUUUUAGCUUUAUCCGUGAUUGGGCAGGCAAAUUAGAUAGUUUAUGUAAUAAUGGUGAAAUUAGGCCAAAGGGUUUACCGAUUGAACACUUGAAAAGAUUGAUAUUUGAUCAGCUGGGUCGUUUUCCAAUGUUCAAACUGGGUUUUCAAGCUCAUGAGUUUAAAACCACAGGUUAUGAAGGCUAUACCUCGCUUGAUAAUCAUUUUGAGCAGACACUGUGUCGCGGUUUAUGGGACAAGGAGAAUGUUUUUGGUGGGUUCUUAACGAAUUUGAAGUUUGCACGAGUUGGAGGUGUUCCAUCGAGUGCAGUAGUUGAACAUGUGUCUUCUGUAAAGGAAAUUGGAGAAGAAAAUGCUGUUGAUGAGGAGAAUGUUGGAGAAAAUGAGCUGCAAAAGCUGGCGAAAGGGAUUCUUAGUGUUCCUCUGUCCGAUUUUAAGCCUUUGAGGGAAGGCCAUCAUGAAGAGUCGAAAUCGGUCUCUGUGCAAGAUUUCUUGAAAUACACUGAGGCUGAAGGCAGGUGUUCUUCACUUAAGAGUUAA